AUACAGACUAUAUAUCUAGUAGUAUCUUCUAUAAUCUACACAAUAGGUUUUCUCGCGUUAGUUCCACUGCAGACGCCGUGGACGAGUGAUUUGCUUUGUAAUUUUCGCAACCGCAUAUGUUUCAGUUUUUUUCAACUACAUAGAGCUCGAUGGCCACAUCGACGACUUUUGCUCAGAUAAGAUCUGGCAUCCAAUUCGAGUGCGAUGAUACCAAACCAAUUGCCUCGACCAGGACAGCCGUACACCACCACCCUCAACAGGCACCGCAACCGGCCAAAAAGCAAAGAUACCGCUGGCAAAUCGUCUGGCGCAACGUGAUCGCGUUUGCGAUCUUACAUCCAAUCGCCUUAUACGGGUUAUACCUGAGCUUGUCCGGAUACAUGUACCUGAAAACGUUCAUGUUCAUGAUCCUGAUGGCAUUGUUCAGCGGACUGGGCAUAACCGCGGGCGCUCACAGGCUUUGGACCCAUCGGUGUUACAACGCCCGGCUGCCGAUGCGCAUACUGUUGGCGUUGUUCCAGACGUUGGCUUUCCAAAAUCACAUCUACGAAUGGGUCCGGGACCAUCGAGUACACCACAAGUUCACCGACACCGACGCCGAUCCGCACAACUCCCUUCGCGGGUUCUUCUUCUCGCACAUGGGCUGGCUGAUGAUCCGCAAACACCCGGACGUGCCCCGCAAAGGCAAGGAGGUCGACAUGCGUGACUUGGAAGCCGAUCCGGUGGUCAUGUGGCAAAAAAAGAACUAUGUAUGGCUCAUUCUGUUCGUGCCGUUCUUAAUACCAUCUCUGAUACCGUACUGGCUGUGGGGAGAACGGUUUUGGUAUUCUUUCUUGUUGGUCGGCAUAGCGCGUUACAUGAUAUCUUUACAUUGUACGUGGUUGGUUAACAGCGCCGCACACCUUUGGGGCACAAAACCGUAUGACAACACCAUAACUUCCACGGAGAAUCCGACGGUGUCGUUUUUGGUUUUUGGCGAAGGAUUUCACAAUUAUCAUCACACUUUUCCUUGGGAUUACAAAGCGGCUGAGUUGGGCAACUACUGGUUGAACGUGAGCACCGCUUUCAUAGACGUUUGCGCCCGGCUAGGUCUUGCCUACAACCUUAAGACGGCCAACGCGUCUUUAGUACUAAAACGUUCGCAGAGAACUGGCGACGACACCAACAAAAGGGUGGAAGUAUGGGGAUGGGGUGAUACCGACAUGGCCGAAGACGACAGACUUAUAGCAGAAAUCAGUCAGAAAAACGAUGAUUAAAGCUCGUUAAAUUUAAUUUUUUUCUAAUUUCAAUAUUUUAUCAAUUUUGAUUGGUAUAUGUGAUUUUUUUUAACCCACUUAUCAAAUGACUAAUACUACUAUUAUACUCUUUAGUCGAAGAAAUGCACUUAAUAAUAAUAAUUAUAAUGUACUCUUUUUAAUUUUAUAAUAUAUCAUAAUAGAUUUUUUUUUGUGUAGUGGUGAAUGUAUUUAGUAAAUUUACAAUAUUGUU